UUAGCGUUGGACUUUGACGGAAAGGAUGUAUUCGGAGGUCUCUCUCCUCUGUUACGCUGCUCCUCCAAUCCGGUCAUCAGCUCAUCUGGGCCGGCGCUCUUUUCCCUCCGUCUUCGGUUCUCCUACCCUGUUUCCGCCCGGCUUCCGCUCCUCCUGCUUCCCCCACCGCCGCCUCCUGGCGACCAUGGUCGAUCCCAUUUCGCUGGAGAGCUCAGUGGUCCAUGAUUUGGGCGCGGCAGCCCUGACGUCUGCUACUGCCCUCGGGCUCCUUCGGUUCUGGGAAGAGCUGGCUAAAAGAGGCGUCUUUGAGCAGAAACUAAACAGGAAGCUUGUACAUAUAAGCAUCGGAUUGGUAUUCUUGCUGUUCUGGCCUUUGUUCAGUUCAGGAAGUCAGGCACCAUUACUUGCAGCAUUAGCACCGGGAAUUAAUAUCAUAAGGAUGCUUCUUUUGGGAUCUGGAAUAUGGAAAAAUGAUGCCAUGGUCAAGUCAAUAAGCAGACAUGGAGAUUACAGGGAACUUUUGAAGGGGCCACUAUACUAUGCCUGCACCAUAACUUUUGCUACCUGGCUCUUCUGGCGGACAUCUCCUAUUGCAAUAGCUGCAAUCUGUAACUUGUGUGCUGGAGACGGUAUGGCCGACAUAGUAGGAAGACGAUUUGGAAGAAAAAAGCUGUUCUACAACCAUAACAAGUCCUUUGCAGGUAGCGUCACAAUGACAUUGGCGGGCUUUCUAGCAUCUGUGGGGUACAUGCAUUACUACCACACCUUUGGGUUCAUCGAAGAAAGCUGGGGAAUGAUCAUACGCUUCUUUGUUGUGUCUCUGGCUAGUGCCCUUGUGGAAUCAUUACCCAUUAGUACAGAGGUGGAUGACAACCUAACAGUUCCAGUGACAUCUUUGUUGGUUGGCGGUCUCGUCUUCUGAUGUUGCACACCAGCUUGUAUGAACUGGUAUCUCACCUCGUAACAGUGGAAACUAGAAUUCAACUGAAAUGGAAUGGUGGCUAUUGUUCA